GUGCACAUGGAAUAGGCUACGCAUGGAUUAUACGUGUAGGACUAAAUGACGUAAUAGAGCUCUUUACUUAUUUCGUAUUCUCCGAGCCCAUUCCCUGACCGAUGCCUUGUUCUGCAGCAAGCGUUGUUACGCACUUUGUUACGUGACCACAUAGCUCUGAAUACAGUAGGGCUGUUGUGUCCCUUACAACGCAAAGAUGGCAAACAGCGGUGCCCAUGCACCGUCCCAGCGGCUCAUGAUCCGUGAGAUGAUACUGGAAAACUUCAAGUCAUAUGCGGGAGAGCAGCGCGUCGGGCCUUUCCAUAAGUCCUUCUCUGCUGUCGUGGGACCAAAUGGCAGCGGCAAGUCGAACGUUAUCGACGCCAUGCUCUUCGUGUUUGGUCGGAGGGCGAAACAGCUUCGCUUCAACAAGGUGUCGGAGCUCAUUCACAACUCACAGAACCACCGCAACCUCGACUAUGCGCGUGUGACCGUGCGCUUUCAAGAGAUUAUCGAUCAGGCGGGCGACGGCUACGAGUUGGUCCCCGACUCCGAGUUCUCCGUGGCUCGCACCGCGCAGCGCAACAACGAGUCGCACUACUACAUUAACAACCGCAAAGUCAGCACCAAGGAGGUCACGGACCUGCUCAAGGCCAAGGGGAUCGACCUGGACAACAACCGCUUCCUCAUCCUGCAGGGCGAGGUGGAGCAGAUCUCCAUGAUGAAGCCCAAGGCGGAGGACAAGAACGAUACCGGGCUGCUGGAGUACCUGGAGGAUAUCAUCGGCACGGACAAGUACGUGCAGCCCAUCGAGGAGGCCAGCAAGAAGCUGGAGGAGAUCAAUGAGAAGCGGCAGACCAUGGUGGCCCGGCUCAAGGUCUCCGAGAAGGAGAAGGACGGGCUGCAGGGCAAGGCGGAGGAGGCCCAGCAGUUCCUGGAUAAGCAGGCUGAGAUGCUGCGACUGCGCAUCAACGUGACUCACCUGCUGGCCAUGAAGGUCCAGGCCAACCUGGCCACCGCCGAGGCCAACACUGGCGAGCUGAAGGCCAAGCUGGCGCACGAGCGGGCCAAGUUCAAGGAGCAGGAGAAGGAGCUCACGGCGGCGGAGAAGAAGUACAGGGCAGCGACGAAGGCGCAUGAGCAAGUCGUCAAGUCCAUCGAUGCCGCCACGGAGGCGUUCAAGGAGAUGGAGCGCAAGGACGCUCAGAACACGGAGACGCUCAAGGCGCUGCGCACCAAGCAGAAGAAGCUCACGGACAAGCAGGCAGCGGACAAGAAGCAGCUCGAGACGCUCGAGAAGGAGCGCAAGGAGUGCGAGGCGGCGGGCCCACAGCUGGCAGCGCAGGUGCAGUCCCUCACCGCCGACCUAGCCGCCGCAGAGGCCGCACUAGAGGAGAUGCAGGAGACGGCGCGGGGCGAGGUGGAGGGGCUGAGGCAGCAGCUGGCGGGCGUGCGAAAGGAGCUGGCGCCCUGGGAGAGGAAGAUGGGUGAGGUGCAGGCGCGCAUCUCGGUGAGCGAGCGGGAGAUGGAGCUGCUGCAGCGGCAGGGGAACGAGGCGAAGAAGCGGCUGGAGAAGGCAACAAAGGACCUUGAGGAGGCUCGCUCCGCGGCUGCCGGCAAGGAGCAGCGCAUCAAGGAGCUCGAGGCCUCCCUGGAGCAGCGCAAGCGGGACGCCGAGGGGCACAAGCAGGCGCUGGCGGCCGCCCAGGCGGAGGAGAGGAAGGCGGAGGAGGAGCUGGGGGCGGUGCGGGAGAGGGUGGUGCAGCUGAGGGCUGACCUGCAGGCCAGCCAGGGGCAGUCGGGUGUGAUGCGCCAUCGAUGCCAAGUACGACGCCGCCGCCUCCACCGCCAUCGGCGCGCUGGACAACGUGGUGGUGGAGACCACCAGCGACGCGCAGCGGGCGGUGGAGCACCUGCGGCGCACGGGGGCGGGGUGCGCCACCUUCCUCAUUCUGGAGGCGCAGCAGCAGUGGGCGCAGAGGGUGACGGAGAGGGUGGACACGCCGGAGGGCUGCCCCCGCCUGUUCGACCUGAUUAAGGUGAAGGACCCCAAGCUACGGGUCGCCUUCUACUACGCGUGCCGGGACACGCUGGUGGCAGCGGACCUCAACCAGGCCAGCCGCAUCGGCUACGGAGGCGACAGGCGCUUUGCCCGCGUGGUCACGCUGCAGGGCCAACUCAUCGAGUCCAGCGGCACCAUGUCGGGCGGCGGGCGCCCCCAGACCGGCCGCAUCGCACUGGGCAACCAGGCUCCGCGGGGGGCCGCCACGGACGCUCGUGCCGCGGAGGCCGAGCUGCGGGAGGUUGAGCGGCAGGCGGAGCAGCUGGGGCGGGCGGUGCAGGGGGCGAGGGAGCGGGUGGCGGCGGCGCAGGCGGGGGUGAGGGGCGCGGAGAGGGAGGUGGCGGCGCUGGAGCUGGAGCUGCCCAAGGCCCGCAUGGAGGCGGAGGCCAACACGCAGCGAGCGGCCGACCUGGCUGAGCGCAUGGCGGGGCUGCAGGAGGGAGUGCAGGUUGACGCAGCCGACGCCUCCCGCAUCAAGGAGCUGCACAUCAAGGUGUCCAAGGAGAAGGUGGAGCUGAUGACGCUCAAGGAGCAGUGCAGCGACCUGGACAAGAAGGCGACAUCGCUGCAAAACAAGAUUGACAACGCGGGCGGCGAGAAGCUGCGCUCGCAGAAGACCAAAGUGGAGAAGACGCGCAAGAAGAUCGAGGAGGCGGAGGCUGACAUCAGCAAGAAGGAGGUGCAGGCAAAGGCGCACGCCAAGCAGGCCGACAAGCUGAAGAAGGACAUUGCCAAGCAGGACAAGGACCUGGAGAAGCUGGAGGCGGAGAUGGCUGCAUGCUCCGAGACCACCAAGGAGAUCGAGAAGGAGGCGGAGCAGGUACUCCUGCGCAAACAGGCGGCGGAGGAGAAGGGCAAGGAGACGGGCGCCGAGGUGGAGAGUGCUCGUGGCGCGCACGACCAGCUGCGCCAGACGUUCGAGGUCAUUCGGGCUACGGAGACCAAGAUUGAGGAGGAGCUGGAGCGGCUGGCGGGGCUCAUGCGCGAGGAGGGGGCCAAGAGCGGCUCGCUGGCGACGGAGAGGGCCAAGUUCCGAAAGAAGCUGGCGGAGGCUGUGGGCAGCGACGACUAUGUGGUGGACGAGGCGGCGCUGCGAGGUAACGCCACGGACGCGGACCUGGUCAAGCUGGCCGACGAGUGCACGUUCAAGGCCACCAUGCUAGAGGCGGAGCUGGAUAAGCUGAGCCCCGACCUGACCACCAUCGAGGAGUUCCGGCAG